AUGCAUUGGCUCCCUUUGUUGACAGAGCAAGAUGAUGUCGAAAGCACCUUCCAGUCGAUGCAAGAUGCUGGAAUCAAGGUCUUAAGAACUUGGGGAUUCAAUGCCAUCAAUGGCUCAGAAUUAGAUGGGGCCUUGGAUUCCGGCCUCACAUACUACCAAGUAUGGAACAGCAGCGAGUGGGCGCUGAAUACCGGGCCACAGGGUUUACAGCGCCUGGACAAGGUAAUUGAGACAGCUGGUAGACAUGGCAUCAAAGUUAUUCUUACCUUCACCAACAACUGGGUUGGAUAUGGCGGUGCUGAGCUAUAUAUCAACUGGAUUGCCGGUGCUGGGCAACCUCACGAUGUGUUCUUCACCGAUCGACGUAUAGUAGCGUCAUAUCAGCGCUACGUCCGUACCAUUGUCGAAAGAUACAAGAACUCUCCCAACAUCUUUGCUUGGGAGUUGAUCAAUGAAGCCCGAUGCUUAGGUGACCUUCCUGCAGGGCCAAAUUGCGUUCCUUUCUCUGGCACCAUCUCUCGAUGGUAUGAAGAGCAAGCCAACUUCGUCAGAAGAUUAGACCCAUUCCAUAUGAUCACGACCGGAGGCGAGGGUCAAUUUACUUGGAGGAACCCGGUGAAAUACUGGGCUAAUGGCGUUCUCGUAAGUGACUAUAACUUCAAUGGUCAAGCCGGAGAGGACUUCGACAAGGACCUCGCGUUGAAAAACAUCGACUUUGGGACCUACCAUAUGUAUCCUCAAUCCUGGUACAGCGACCUGGAUUUCCCGGGAUCCAAUUUCACCUUGAAAUCGUGGGGAGUUGACUGGAUUGAUCACCAUGCCAAAGCUGCUAAGAAGAUCGGAAAGCCACUGAUCCUGGAAGAGUUCGGUACUUCGGGUUUCGAGAAUAAAACCGACAUUUAUCCUACCUGGGUGAAAAGGGCCCUGGAUACUCGGCAUGGAAUCAUGCCUUGGCAAUUUGGGAAACUCGGACUCACAGAAAGCGGUGGAAACCGGCUCAUCAAGUACGCUGAUGCGCUCAUAGACGGUGCCUCUCCUAACGACGGCUUCGCUAUAUAUCCUAACCAGACAGCGAUCUAUAGUAUUUUCACGUGA